UAUCGUUACUGAGCCGAACUUAUGCUACGGUUGCCAGAAGUCGGAUAGAUAAGUCGGAAGUGGUGAUAUUUUACCGAAGAUCGGUGCAAUAGCUUCUGCCAUAAUAGUUGUUUUACGUUUACUGUAUGUUUUGUUUCGUUAACAGGCAUACACUUAAAAAAAAAAAGAAAAAAAAAGUUCAAUGUUGAAAAGUAAUAAAAUUUCUUAUUUUUUACCAUUGUAAAUAUUGCUGCUUUAAAAUUAUUCAGAUUGAAAAGAAAAUGGCUAAUCAUGACAAAUUAGUUUCCCGUGUGUUUGAUAACAUAAUCAAAUCUCAGUAUGACAACCGAACUUAUCGGGGAUUGGAAUUGAGUAAUAAAAUGAGAGUAUUAUUAAUAAGUGAUCCUUCCACUGAUAAAUCAGCAGCUGCAUUGAAUGCUCGAGUUGGUUUUAUGUCAGAUGACCCUGAUUUACCUGGUCUAGCUCAUUUUUGUGAGCAUAUGUUAUUUCUUGGAACAAAAACGUAUCCUGUUGAGAAUGAUUACACUAAGUUUUUACAUGAACAUAGUGGUAGUAGUAAUGCAUAUACUGCUGCUGAUAAUACCUGUUACUACUUUGAUGUAGCUCCUAAUUCUCUUAGUGAUGCUUUACACAGAUUUGCCCAGUUCUUUUUGUGUCCUUUAUUUACUGAGAGUGCUACUGAACGAGAAGUUAAUGCUGUUGAUUCUGAACAUGAAAAAAAUCUACAAAGCGAUACUUGGAGGCUGGCUCAGCUAGAAAGAGCUACAUGUGAUCCUAAUCAUGAUUUUAGUAAAUUUGGAACAGGCAAUAAAUUUACAUUAUUUGAAAAUCCAAAAUCUCAAGGAAUUAACAUUCGUGAUAAGUUGCUUGAAUUCCAUAAUAAAUUUUAUUCUUCAAACAUUAUGUCUCUGAUUAUCCUCGGCAAAGAAACUUUAGAAGAGUUAGAAAAUUUUGUUCUUCCUUUGUUUUCGGAUGUCUCAAAUAAGAAUGUUCAAGUUCCUGAUUGGCCUAAGCAUCCAUUUAGUCCUGAAUUUUUAAAGCUUCAAGGACAUGUUGUACCUGUGAAGGAUAUCCAGAACAUGAACAUCGCUUUUCCUGUCCCAGACCUUCAAAAUGAGUAUCAUUCAUGUCCAACGUCAUAUUUAGCACAUCUUAUUGGUCAUGAGGGCCCAGGAAGUCUUUUAUCAGAAUUGAAAUCUUUAGGUUGGGCUAAUAGUAUAGUUUCUGGUUAUAAACCUGGUGCUAAAGGGUUUGCAUUCUUUAUUGUGGAUCUGGAACUAACUGAAGAAGGCAUUGAUCACACUGAUGAGAUUGUCACACUUUUAUUUCAAUAUCUUGCAUUGCUGAAGAAAGAGGGUCCUCAGGAAUGGAUAUUUAAUGAACGCAAGAAUUUAAAUGAUAUCACAUUUAGAUUUAAGGAUCGAGAAAAACCUCAAUCUUAUGUUUGUUCUUUAGCUAGUGCUUCUUUUGAUUAUGAGAUGGAGGACAUUUUAUGUGGUUCUUAUAUACAAACCAAGUACAAACCAGAGCUGAUUACCAAGGUCUUAGAUUUGCUGAUUCCCGAUACCAUAAGGAUUGCUGUGGUGGGAAAAAAAUUUAGUGACAUUUGUAUCAAAACUGAAAAGUGGUAUGGAACCAAAUAUCAUUUGGAUCCCAUUAAAGAAAAAGUAAUUCAGAGCUGGAAAAAUGUGACUAUUCAUCCAAGAUUGAAAUUACCACUUCCUAAUGAAUUUAUACCUACCAACUUUGAGUUAAUUCCCCAAGAAAAUGAAUUAUUUCUUUUCCAGAUGCCUAAAUUUCCUUAUUUGCUAAGAAAUACCAAAAUGAGUCGGUUAUGGUAUAAACAAGAUGAUUAUUUUCUUCUACCAAAAGCAUGUCUGAAUUUCAUGCUUGAAAGUGCUAUGGCAUAUGUUGACCCUCUGCAUUUCAAUAUGACUCGACUUUUUGUACAACUAGUAAGAGACUCAUUAAAUGAGUAUACAUAUGCUGCAGAUUUAGCUGGAAUCCAAUAUUUUCUUAGAUGCUCUAAAGCUGGAAUAUUUCUAAAUAUCAAGGGAUAUACUGAUAAACAGCAUAUUCUUCUUCAAAAAGUUAUGGAUAAAUUGACGGAUUUGAAUUUUGAUCAAAAGCGUUUUGAUAUUUUGAAAGAAAGGUUAAGAAGAGAGCUUAAAAAUUUUGAUGCGCAGCAACCUCACCAACAUGCAAUGUUUUAUACAUCACUCAUUAUUUCUGAGAAAAUAUGGAGCAAUGAGGAACUUCUCAAUUGCUUAGAUGAUAUUACUAUUGACAAAGUAAAGUUGAUGGUUCCUGGUCUGUUAGGAAGAGUUCAUAUUGAAGCUUUACUUUAUGGCAAUAUUUCAAAGCAGAAAGCUAUUGAUUUAAUGAGCAUUGUUGAAAAUGGAUUGCAAUUGAAAAUGGGAUCUAAAUAUGUAAUGCCUGGGGAGUUACUUAGAGAUCGUGAAAUACAACUACUUGACGGAGUUCACUUAGUAUAUGAAGUAAAAAAUGAAGUUCACAAUAGCUCGGCGGUUGAAACAUACUAUCAGUGUGGUGUUCAAGAAACAAGAAACAAUAUGCUUUUGGAACUAUUAGUUUCCGUUGUUGCUGAGCCAUGUUACAAUUUUCUACGCACUCAAGAGCAGUUAGGCUAUAUCGUAUGCAGUGGCACAAGGCGUUCUAAUGGAGCACAAGGGCUAAGAAUUCUAGUUCAAUCUGAAAAGUCACCAUCUUUUAUCGAUGGAAAAAUAGAGUCUUUUAUUCAGUAUUUUGAAAAAUAUCUUCUAGAGCUAACUGAAGAGGAAUAUAAAAACCAUAUGGAUUCCCUGUCUUUAUUACGUUUAGAAAAACCAAAAAAGUUAAGCAUUCAAAACACAAAGUAUUGGAUGGAAAUAUCAACGAAGCAGUAUCAUUUUGAGAGAGAUCCACUAGAAGUUGCUGUUCUUGCUACAAUUACCAAAGAUGAAUUGAUUUUAUUUUUCAAGGAGCUAGUUUCUUGUGAUGCACCAAAACGCAAAAAGUUAUCUGUUCAUAUAUUAUCAACGAAUUGUAAAUCUGCAAAUGAUUACAUCGAUGGAGAAUUUCCUUGUGUGCCUGACUUGGAUCCAACAAAUGAUGGCUUGAUUCCCCCUCCUCCUGGAUUCAGGCGACCAAUCAAAAUCGAAAAUGUUAACGAAUUCAAGAAUUCCUCUCCGUUGUAUCCUUUAGUGCCUCCAUACAUACAUAUUCCUUGCCCACUAUUGAAACCUGAGAAAGCAAAACUCUAAUCGAACUUUAAUUAGAUUUCAAUUAGUCAAAUUAAUUGCAUUGUAUAUUUUUACAUACUAAACUCAAUUAUUUUACAAGAUACCAUUUUUCAUGUAUCUUUUUUUAUGUACGUUUUAAUAAGUCUUACAUUUUUUACUUAGUGUAUUCCACUGAGCUGUAUUUAGAAAGAAAAAGUACUGUGAUUGUUUUGGUAUGAUUUUUGUGACUAUGUUUUCAUCUCACAUUGAGAGAAAAAAAGUAAAGCGAUGGAAUAUUC